GUUUGUAAUGUAUAUGUUCACCAGAGUGUUUGUAGAUAUAUUUGAAUGUUUUUUGUCGCGUGGCACGUUCAGGAAACGUUACAAGGAAGAAGUUAGUUAGUUAAGCCAGCGUUAGCAUUAGCAUGCUAGCCGCACAACACAGACAGGGCGAGAGAGCGAAGCAGCUGCUGCUUUACCCUUCCUCUUCAAGGAAGUUUGCGGGGGCGAGGAUCCAGGAGGCCUAGAUAAGUCUGGUGUGAAUUAUUUCAGCUCACCUGGAGUUAAAAUGCUAUAGAAAAUCACUUAAUUGAAAACCUCAAGCAUUUUUGUGGUUAGAAUAAGGAUUGGCUUGCUGGUAAAUCAUCGCUACAACAUAACAUCAUUAGCUUGCGAGGCAGGAAAUUGCUGUGUAUGUGUUCUCGAUACAAAUAGAUCGGCAUAACCUCAACAGUGCUUAGCUAGCUAAACCGAACUACCUUAAAUGCCUUGCUGUCGUAUCUAAAGGAUUGUCUUACUGAAAGACACAUCAGUGACGAUGGGGUCAUUCUGCAAGGAGGACUGAGGGAUCUGACCUAGAUGUUUUUCUAUUCUACUUUUCUUUCUUUUCAACUCUUCUUUCUCUUUCAUGAGCACCUGUAUUUCAGAGGAGCACUAUCAUCAGAAUGACUGCCCCUUUCAACCUUUGUGUCCUCAACGUUUUGUUUGUAACUGCCUACAGCAGCCUGGAGUUAGCCUCCAGUACUGCUCAUUGUGGACAAUCUCCCCAAGUCCUGGAAGCCCCGAGGGGAGAGAUCAGAAGCUCCGUCCACCACAGCUGGUCCUACCGCCCACGGCCGCUCAACUGUAGUUGGAUUAUCAAGGCACACGUAGGAGAGCCCGUUAUCCUCAGUUUCUCCCAGUUUUCUACACGCUGUAAGAAGGAAUGGGUCUCGGUGACAUCAUCAACUGGCAAGCCCAUUACCUUUUGUGGUUCCGACCUGCCAAAGCCCAUGGAGUUGAUGGGGGGGAACAUUACAGUGACGCACCACUUCCUGCCACACUUAUUCCCCGUCUCUGCGUUCUGCCUUGGCUACAUCAGAGACUCUGGUGAAUGUCCGGUGGUGGACUUUGAGUGUUUGGGCGGGCGCUGCCUGCCCCUGUCCUGGCGCUGUAACGGCCGGACUGAGUGUCUGGGUGAAGGGAUGGGGCUGGGAACAGACGAGCAGGACUGUGACGGAGAGAUCGAGAUCCUGGAUCCUGAGCAGGACAAAGUAGUGGUGACCACCACCACACCAGAGUCCUACAUAGAGAGGGAGGGGGAGACAGGAAGAGAGAAGAACGGGGGGAGGGAUUGGGAAACGGCACCGGUUGAGGUGGAGAAAGAGGAGAAGGAAGUAGAGAAGGAUGGGGACUACACCAAGGUAAAGGAGCCAGAUAAUCCUAUAGAGGACUACUGGGAGUUCCUGCCUCGUAAACUCCCCAGCCCCCAGCCUCACAGAGCCCACCCCGGUGUGACCCGGGCUCCCAUCGAGUGGCCGUGUGGCGGCCUCCUCCAAACCUUCUAUGGGACGUUCGCCCCUCCUUCCAUCAAUGGCCCCUCUCUGUUCUGUGUGUGGACCCUGGACCCCCAGGACUCCAGGCCUCUGAAGCUGGACCUGCAGCUGCUGGAACUGGGGCCUGGAGACACGGUCACCAUCACCAACAGACAGCAGGGCACCGGGGAACUCAUCAAAACUAUCACCAGCGAGUCCAGUUACAAGGCCAUCCAGGUCGAGUCCCGGACCGGCCUUCUCUCCCUGACCUAUCGCACGCUCCCCGGCUCGGUGGGGCUGGGCUUCAACGCCACCUACCGUGUCGGGGGCUACUGCCCCCCCUGGGAGGGUAAAUGUGGGGGUGCCGCGGGGGGCUGCUACACCCAGGAACAGAAGUGUGACGGGCGCUGGGACUGUCCUGAGACGGGGCAUGACGAGGCGGGAUGCAGGGGGUGCCCCAUUGACCAGUUUGCCUGCGGAGGGGUGGGGCAGCGGGCGGUGCUGGCGGGUCAUAACUUCAUAGGGCGUUCUGUGUGCUUCCCUGCCAAGGAGAGGUGUAACUACCAGCUGUACUGUGCUGACGGGAGCGACGAAAAAGACUGUACCAUAUGUCAACCUGGGACCUUCCACUGCGACAGCAACAGAUGUGUGUUUGAGAGCUGGAGUUGUGACGGCCAGGUGGACUGUAAGGACGGGACAGACGAGAUGAACUGCACCAUGACCCUGCCUCGAAAGGUCAUCACCGCGGCAACCGUGGGCAGCCUGGUCUGUGGGCUGCUGCUGGUCAUCGCUAUGGGCUGUACCUGCAAGCUCUACUCACUGCGGACCCGCGAAUACAGUAUGUUUGCGCCAAUCAGCCGCCAGGAGGCGGAGCUAAUCCAGCAGCAGGCCCCUCCCUCCUAUGGUCAAUUGAUCGCCCAGGGCAUCAUCCCUCCUGUGGAGGACUUCCCCACAGAGAACCCCAAUGAGUCUUCCUCUCUUUCUCUGAGAGGUUUUCUCCAGCUUCUCAGACAGGAUACUUCUAACUCUCCACGACGCCGACGCCGUCCCCGAUUCAUCCGCCGGGCUGUCCGUCGCAUGCGGAGAUGGGGCCUAAUCCCCAGAUCCACCUCCAGGCCCUCCCAGCCAUCCAGCUCUGCCCCCCAGCAGACAGAGGCCCCUUCCACUGGUGUGGAUCCCAGUCAAUCAACUCCCGCCACCACCUCAUUGGCUGUGGAAGCCGUCAAUCUGCCAUUGCCCCAGAAACUAGGCUUGCUCCCACAGACAGUGCAGUACCAGCCACCACCACCUCCCCACUUCCUUCCUCCACCCACUCUACUCCCUCCACCCAUUGUCUCUACCCCAGCCAACCCCCAGAGCCCUCCGGUGGCUGUCCCCCCCACCCCCAGCAGCCCCUCCCUAGCCUCUCUCUUCCACUCUUUGGGGCGCACUAUCUCUCGCUUCCGCUCCUCCCCUUCCUCCUCCCCCACCAACUCUCUGCCCCUCUCCACAUCCCCCUCUUUCUCUUCCUCCUCUUCGGAGGAUGAGGUGCUACUUAUCCCCCUCUCCGAGGACACAACCCCAGAGGACGACGUGCCCCUGCUGACACUCGACCCCUGACCUUAUCCAACACCCCUUCCCUAAAUGAUGACUCAAGCACAGGAGCACUGCAAGGCUCCCUCUCUCUCUCUCUCUUUCUCUCUCUCUCUCUCUCUCUCUCUCUCUCUCUCUCUCUCUCUCUCUCUUUCUCUCUCUUUCUCUCUCUCCCUCUCUCUCUCUUUCUCUUUCUCUCUCUUUCUCUCUCUCUCUCUCUCUGUGCUGGUCUGGUGCCUUGGAAUUGCAUUGGGUUGGAUGGUUUGAACUGACUAAAGGAAUCUAAUAUUCAAUGCUUUUAUGUUAUUGAGUGUGGAAACUCCUAGAGAAAGUAUGUGUAUUUGUAUUUGUGUGUGUGUGUAGUGUAUUUGUGUACUGGAUGUGCACUUAUCCAGAUAUAGUCUGAAAGAGGUGAACUUUGCACAGAAAAUCUCCCCACGCCACCCUCAUGGUCUAAUUAAGCAAUUCGGCACCUCUGGGGUUUGUGUUAUAUGGCCAAUAUACUACGGCUAAGGGCUGUUCUUAUGCAGGACGCAACGCAGAGUGCCUGGAUACAGCCCUUAGCCGUGGUAUAUUGGCCAUAUAACAAAAACCCCAGAGGUUCAUUAUUGCUAUUAUAAACUGGUUAUUAACGUAAUUAGAGCAGUAGAAAUAAAUGUUUUGUAAUACCCGUGGUAUUCGAUCUGAUAUACCACAGCUUUCAGCCAAUCAGCGAUCAGGGCUCAAACCACCCAGUUUAUAAUAUAGAAUUUACUUUCAAAUGAAUGAUUGGUUUUAACACAUGAAAGACUUCAUGUCUUUGGGUGACAGCAUAUGUGUGACUGCAUCAUGUGAGGGUGAGCAUAUGGGGGCCAUUGUAAGGAUAUGGUAGAUGUCCCGUGUAGACACUAUUCCAUGUAUAGUUGUCAUCCCCCAUUUAAGUGCCUUUUCAGAAGCUUGCUACAGUUGAUGAAUUUGAAUGAUGACACACAUACUGUACACACUGUCCCAGAUAUGUAGACAAAAAGGAACACCCACCUUCUCACACACAGACUGUGUUUUAUAUUGCUUUCAUAAUGGAGAAAUUGCAUGUCAAUUCUGCAAGCUGGCAAUAAUUUUUGGGGACCCUCCUGGUUAUUGUACGUAUGGCAUAACUGACGUGUAUUGUUUGCGUAUGCACUUGCAAGUGUGAUGUAUGAAUGUUUUAUAAUGUCGUUCUCAAGUAGACAAAUUGUGUCUCGGCUCACAAGACAAUCUCUCUUGGUGCCUGAGGUUGGGUUAGACCUGUGAAGUGCACCGAAGACGAGGCCCCCCAGGGCCCACAGUCACAACAACGCCGACUUAAAUUCUCAGCCCUUUGUGAAUGGAAUCCACUCUACCACACUUUGACACAAUGAACAUAUAGCAAAUGCAGAGACUUUUUAGUCUGCCAUUUUUACAUAGUAUCUUUUAUUAGUUUUUCCGCUUUUAUCCUCCAGAGAUGUACUUAAAAAAAAAUCUUAAAUUGUUGUUCUGUUUACCUGGGUUGUACUGAAUGUAUUCAAUUAAACAUAGUGGUUGGAGGAGGAUGAUAUGUUUAAAACUUGCAAUGUAGUGAUAAGGUUGGAGAGAGAGUGAUUUUACUAGGGUCUAUUUCACUGUACAUAGCAAAGAUGUGGACAAAUCCACGGAGAUUAAACAAUUUGCACUUUUA